UCUCACUCCCUCUUCCUAUCUCACUCCCUCUUCCUAUCUCACUCCCUCUCUCUCAUCCACCUCUGAUUAGAUAUACUGAUUCCUCCUUUCAAUGGACGUCAUUUAAGCGCAGACUCCUGCCUUGAGUUGCGUCCUCCGCUUCACGCCCGAUUUCCGACCAUUCUUUCCUUAUUAUUAAGUAUUCCUGUAAUAUUAAUAGUCAUGAAUGCGUUCUAUUAGGAGUCCAAGGGGGAGACGAAGAAGCGGCUCUUUUGCUAAUAUGAGCUCAAGCCAGGGGACGGCAGCACUGUGAUAGAAGCCAGGAGAGCAGGGAGAACAGAGGGUUUUCCAAGAGAAACUUUUCGACCCAAAUCCGACGAAUAUCUGCAUUUUUUUCGACUCACGUGAAGGGCAGGAUCUAACCAUUUGUUUUCUGAUGGAUUAUCGUCCUGCUUCUGAGGCACAUAUCUGACCGUCGGGGCCAUCGUGAUCUUCCAGGAGAGAAUAGUCUUUCCGGGGGGCUACAGUUUUUUAUUUUGCUGGUUGGUUCCCUUUUGCUCGCCCCCCUAAAACACGCAAAGUGUUUUUGAACUGAAUACUCUUUUCUUGAGUGGGCACCACAAAUCCGUAAACAUGUUAGUGCACAGUUUUUCCGCGAUGGACCGUCACGACGGCACCAGCAAUGGGACAGCCAGGCUACCUCAGCUGGGCGGCGUGGGUCAGAGUCCCUACACGAGCGCCCCUCCGCUCUCCCACACACCGAACUCGGACUUCCAGCCCCCGUACUUCCCCCCUCCCUACCAGCCCAUCUACCCGCAGUCUCAGGACCCUUACUCGCACGUCAACGACCCGUACUCCCUGAACUCGCUGCACGCCCAGCAGCAGCAGCAGCACCCGGGCUGGCCGGGCCAGAGGCAGAGCCAGGACAGCGGCCUGCUACACCAGCACCGCAGCCUGCCCCACCAGCUGUGCCGGGAUUACCGCAGGGAAGUGCUGCUUCCGUCCGGCCACGGAAUCGACACGGGACUGUCGGACUCUAUCCCUAUCCAUGGAAUACCUCACUCUUUAGACGACGUUGGGUCUGUUGACGAUCAAGGAAUUCACAUUUCCGACCAGACUGUAAUUAAGAAAGGUCCAGUGUCUUUAUCCAAGAACAACAACCUCUCCUCCAUCCCCGUAAAUAAGGACGGGCUCUUCGGAGGGGUGGUAAACCCCAACGAGGUGUUCUGCUCGGUUCCGGGUCGCCUGUCCCUGCUCAGCUCCACAUCAAAGUACAAGGUCACGGUGGCCGAGGUGCAGAGACGCCUCUCGCCACCCGAAUGCCUGAAUGCCUCACUGCUGGGAGGAGUGCUGAGGAGGGCCAAGUCUAAGAACGGAGGAAGAUCCCUACGGGAGAAGUUGGAUAAAAUCGGCUUGAAUCUACCUGCGGGCAGACGCAAGGCAGCUAACGUCACCUUGCUGACGUCACUAGUCGAAGGCGAAGCGGUUCAUCUUGCCAGGGAUUUUGGUUAUACAUGCGAGACCGAGUUUCCAGCCAAGGCAGUAGCUGAAUAUGUAAACCGUCAGCAUUCCGACCCAAACGAACAAGUCCAAAGAAAAAACAUGCUAUUGGCCACAAAGCAAAUCUGCAAAGAGUUCACAGACCUGUUGUCCCAGGACCGCUCGCCGCUUGGAAACUCGCGGCCGCAGCCCAUCCUCGAACCGGGAAUCCAGAGCUGUUUAACCCACUUCAGUCUAAUCUCACACGGGUUCGGAACCCCGGCACUGUGCGCGGCAGUCACGGCCAUGCAGAACUAUCUGACCGAGGCUAUCAAAGCUAUGGACAAAAUGUACCUUAACAACAACCCCAACAGUCACUCAGACGGCACUAAAGGCGGAGACAAAGACGAGAAGCACAGAAAGUGAUGUUUCCAUCCUCACCGGGCCAACACCCCGGAGGCCCUUCUUCUACACCGACCCCUCCGCCUCGCCCCGGCCCCCACCCAUCCAAUAUAAAUAUUAUAAAUACCUUAUAAAUACUAUUGAUAAAGUUAAACGUGCCACUUCCUGAUCUUGCGAGCGGUUUUACAUGUUUUGUUUUGGAUUCACGGGGGAAACGACGCGAGAAUCUUCUUCCAACACCUGAACCAUAUGAAAUGUUAUUUUAAAAAAAGAAAAGAGAAAAAAAAGCUGCGGAGGAACAGCUCCAGGGCGAGGAAAAAG